ACGCUUUUAAGUUUGUUGAAUAAUUUACAAAACAAAAUAAACGUUUAACUGAAUGAAGUGAAACUUGGAAGAUACUCGAAACUUAUUACAAACUCAUAUUGAAAACAAAUAUAAAAAUAUGUUUUCCGAAAUAUGGAUUCAUUACCUAUUUAAAAGAUAAAUAUAUUCUGAAGCUCCUUGACAAAUUUGCUGCAAUUUAACUUUAAAGAUUACUUGCAUAAAACAAUAUGUAUGCUUUUAUUAUUUUAUGCUGUUCCGCUUCUGUAUUUCUGCAUUUCAUACCAACAGUGAAAGCUGGAAAUGAAAUCCUAAACGGAGAUUUCGAAGAAAUGAAUUCAUUUAGUCAACCAACUGGCUGGAAGGCUAUUGGUUGCAAGCUGGUUACAUCAGAAGCAACAAAAGCAUCCGGUGACAGAAGCGCUGUAGUCACAAGUCGAGCCGGUUACUGGGCAGGACCACGUCAGGUUAUCAAUGGUACACAACUUGCUGGAAAGCGGUUUAUCAUAGCCGCCUGGGUUAGACUGGGGGCCACAAACGACAUCACAAACAAGAGCACAAUAAGCAAUGGUCUUUUAACUGAGAAAGAGAAUAGUUUCUCUGGUAGACAUAGAGGCUAUCGUAUUCAGAUUGUAGCGAAAUACAAAAACGGAUCAAAAGAGAUUUAUGACGUUAUUGGCUCAAUAAGAGCAAUACACGAAGAAUGGCGCCAGAUUAUUGAAAAUCAUGUGUUUCCUAAAGCAUUAACGGGAUUAGUAACUAUUUUCGUUCAAGGAGAAUACGGCAUAUUCCCAUAUUUCGAUUUCUAUGUCGACGAUAUAUCCAUUAGAAGUUGGAAGGCACCGGAAGGUUGGCGAGAGGAGGCUAACCGGCGAAUCCAAAAGUAUCGACAACGUGAAGUGGAAUUAGUACUGGAAGGAGUUACGUGGAACCAAAUGAAAACUGAGGUUGUUCAGAAGAACCUACUGUUUGCAUUGGGCAGUGCUGUUACAAAAGAUUUGAUUAAUAACACAAUCUAUAAGAAACACUUCUUGGAGAAUUUUGAUUUUGCAACUCUUGAAAAUGAGAUGAAUUGGCAUUAUAAUGAACGAGAACAGGUAGGUUUGCACCACAAUUUUAUAAUUUGUUUUUUCAUGUUUGACCUACAUAAACGAGGCAGUAACCAGACAGUUUUUUUUAGUUUCACUUGA